AGCGAUGGACCGCCCUGCUAGCUAAAGCAAUUGUUAGCUAGCCAGCUGCGCUGAAAUGGGCGUUCACAGCUUAGCCGAUUCUCAGGUGGGGGCCCGUGACAGGAUCGGGUUUUGUGGGUUUGAGAUUAAUGAAGACUUAAUGUAUACGCUGUCCUCCGGGCGUCUAUCACAUUAUUAACAUCGGUCAUGACGGAGCGAUUCUGUUGCAGUUAAUGCGCAAUAUUAAUGCAUGGUGAUGUUGUUAGCUAACGUUAAGGCAUGUUGCUUGCUAGCUCGCUAAACGGAUGCUCACUCGGUUGGUGUGUGAGGUACUUGGAAUAGCCGGUCAGCUUGCCUGGGAACGAUGAGCAGAAACACUCAGCUGAUGUGGUUCAAGCUUCAAGCUUACAGCCAUCAAUAUUCUCACAUCCGUAUAAAUAUUGCGUUCUUAAUUUGAGCUAACUAAAGCUCAAGCUAAGUGCAGGCUACCAUGGUUUACACGCAUGUUGUACCCAUAGGUUUUACUGCUGGCUCACAUAUUCACUGGCGCAAACAGUCGCGCAAGAAUAAGGGAUAUGUCUGUCAACAGUGAGUCCCGAUCCUGGUUAUGUACACUGUAAUUCCUCUAGUGUUUUUCUUGGUUGCGUAUAUCGUGAUAAUCAGUCAAACCUAUUAGCUGUACGAGCGACAUAAAAUAGCCCACACGAUGCACCCAUCAGAGAAAACACACUGUUUUUCAAAAUAGUGAUGUAUACACACCCUCUUUCUCGUUUGAACCAUUGCAGAUUUAAAGAAUACUCUUGUUAAUGAUCGUUACAAAUGCAUUUUCUUUUGGACUGAAUUAACACUGACUAACUUGGAGACGGCUCAGAAGAAUCACAUGAUCAUGAAUGUGUCUUCAUGAUGAGUGACCUUGAACUCUGCACAUGCUGAAACCAAGGAAUGGGAUAGAUACAACUCUGCAUUAACAGAGCAUGAAGCAAAAGCUCCUCCUGACCUCAUCUUAAAUGACAUAGGCCUGUUCGUCUGGAAACAAGUCAGGCUUUGAGCCAGUACCAAAGAUGCCCAUAAGAAGGCAUCCCUAAAGGCUGCAGCCUAGCUACGCCAACUGAAAGCACCAGGCAACUGCAUCUAAGGUUUAAAGGAUGUACUGCUGAUUGGAUGCAAAAUCUCAUUCCUCUUCCACCUCUCCAAAAAGUUAACGUUGAGUCUGUGCCAGCGUUUACAGUGAAUUAUGGUGACCAAAAAUGGUGCUUGAAUGUGGCAUCCUGGUGCAGAGUAUGCUAAAAGGGGUGAGGCUCUCUCAGAAAAGUUUAACAGCCGACUGAUAGUCUGCUGCCGAUAAUGGAUGCCAAGUUAAAAGAGGACCUGUUUCGAAGGUAUGUGACGGCACUGGAGAGGCGUCUGGAGGAUGGUGGGGAAUACACAGGGACAGGAACAACACCAGAGGAGGACAGAGGGAGACACAAGGACAGUGAGGCACUACUCUCCACAGCUACAGCUCUGCUAGGGGCCUAUCAGCCUGAUCCGGCACAGCGUUUCCGGAUGGUGCGUUUUUAUGAAGUGGUGGAGAAUGCUCUCCGCUGCCAGAGAGGGGGCAACAUCAAGAGCCUGGAGAGAGCCUUCCACACAUUGGAAACCAUCUGCACCAACCUCUUGCUCUAUCCCUGGAAGAAGGAGUUCAGAUGUAUAAAGACCUUCACUGGCCCAUAUGUGUACCAUCUGCAGUCUGCCAUUUGUGAUGCUGAACUCCGAACUCUUAUGCGCACCAUCGGCUAUGCCUGUGACCAUGAUUCGCAGUUCCAUUUGCAGGAGCACCCAGGAGGCACAAAUCAUCUCCGGCAGUUGGCGUUUGAGCUCUUCCUGGCCCAGGCAGAGUGUCGUCUUCUGAGAGAAGUAGUGGCUCUGGCCCGUGGUUCGGCCUCAGAGCUGGAGGCCCUGGAACUCCGAAGAGGCUGCAGAGAUGAUGCAGCUGGCUGUGCUGAGGCGCUCCGCAGACGCGACAGCCUUGGGGCAGAUAUGGCUCGACUGUCUGUGCGGCCGUUAGAUAUAGAGAGGCCUCAUGCCCACCACCUGAGGCGAGGUAGCCGACCGUCUAAGUCUGUGGAUGUUACAGAUGGGGCUGGUCACUGGCACGCAGCAGUUAGCAAGCCUGUCUUGAAGGCCUCAUUGAGUCUGAGGAAGGAGCCUCUGUUUGUGGAUGCGGAGGAAGAUAUGAAGGAUGAGAUCAUCAGGCCCAGUACCUCAGCGUCUCUGUUCUCUGUGGCAGCUCCGCCCUCCUAUAGCCCUAUUGCGGAUUUCUUUCCAAUUCAGUCACCUCCCCCGGCCGAUGCUUACACAUCCUACCACCUGUCCUCUUUGGAUGAGAUUGACUUGUAUACAGAGAGGGGUGUUGGGACAGGAGGAAGGCAGACCCCCUCUCGACCUCCAUCCAGAGAGCCUCGGGAUGUAAGGGAUGGGUGGCUGCUCAAAGCUCAUGGUAGUGUGAAGUGUCAGGGCUGUGGGCUUGGCUGCUCCUCUAUGACCUCCUGCCAGAGAUGUGACAUGAUCCUCUGUUCUGCCUGUCAUGAUGUGGACCCCUCCCCUUGCUGCGGCCUCCAGGACUACCACCCGAAAUCCCCACGACCCCUCGAUGGAUACAUUCCUGUCAAGGAAAAGCUCUCCGUCUACUCUAACACUCACUCCCACUCCCAUCUCCAUCCGCACCCCCUCACACUGACCCAUUCACACUCUCACCCCCACCCUCACCCCCAGAUGGUGGAGAAACCCCUCAUGUCCACAAAGCUGUUUGCAAGCAAGUCUGUUGCCUUGACCACACCAAAGGGAGGCAGCAGUGAGCGAAUAAGCAUGGGGGGAUCACGAUGCGGAUUUUGCAACAAGCCAGGGGCAUCCCACACCUGUGUGAACUGCUCUAAGGUGUCGUGUGACUCAUGCAUGGGCUUGUAUGCAAAAGAUAUUUGCACGCGAAAAAAUCCCCAACACAGCUUUGUGCCCAACCAUCAGCUCAACUUCAAAUCUGGCACCAUAUCUCACCUGGUGUACCGAUGAAUCGGGCAUGGAUCAGAAUAUGCGUUUCUCCCUUCUAGUCCCCUCCCUUAACCUGCUGCAUAGUCUUGCACUAUUGCUUUAGCUCUCUUCCGGUUUAAACAACUCAUUCACUAUCUUCCCCUUAUCUGAUGGUCUUUUGGCCCUAUCGAACCCUCUCUUGAACUUUGUACAUUUUCUCUUACAGUCAGUAGGGCCCUGGAAUGCACUUGCCACAGAGAGCAAUAUUGUCUGCCCAUCUCUCUGCCUUGUACAAGUUCAGGCCUUUUAUCUAUUCCUUCUUUUUACCUUGCUACCUGCUCUUGAGUAGUCAUGUGAUGUUGUAGCGCUUCCCCAAUUCCUUAAAUUUUGUCCUCCUCAAAAGGGAAACUGAAGAAAAUAGUUUAAUUCCUUCUCAUUUUGAAUGAAUUCUGUCCAAAUGAACAUAUAUACUUUGCCUAACUUCUCAGCUAAAAAAUCUUCUAAUAUAUAUAUAUAUAUAUAUAUACACACACACAGUAUAUA